AUGCAACUGCUCAGGUGCCAACUGCUGCUCCUGCUGGUCAUUGCAGCCUGUGCGCUGGCCACGCCCACACUUGACCAAAUCAAGGGAAAAGCAACGCUUCUGCAGCAGAAACUUCUGAAUCUGCCAGAUCCAGCGCAACUUUUAAGCCAACUGCCCGCCAAGUUCAUCAAGACCAAGCCGGUGUUUGUGAAGCCCGUCGUCGUGAAGCCCAUUGUCGUAGUUAAGCCGAUAGUUGUUGGCGGAGGCGGAGGCGGCCAUGGUCAUGGACAUGGGUACGGACAUCAUGGAAAAAAUAAGUUUUUUGGCAAAUUCAAGUAG